AUUACCGAGCCAAAAUGGCGACUGACAUGGCUUCCCUAAACAAUAACUGUCAAUCAGGUCAAAACAAUGAUCCCUCGACUUCGGUGAUAAGGCCGCCUCCAGAAAUUAAGGAAAAGGCGGAGGCAGCAUUUUCUGAAUUCUAUGAUGAGGUACUUUAAGCUUUCGACUAUUUUCCUCUUCAUUCGAGUUGGCGUAGAUAUAAAAUUCUAUCUCCCUUCGACUUUCGUCGUCUCUGAAAAGUCGUCAGUCUUACGUACUCUUAUAACUUAUAUUAUAGUAUUUACACUGAUUUUUAUUUAUUUGCUAUAACUUUAUUUAAGCUAAACGUUGGUAGGCCCUAUACAUGACUUCUUAGUUCUUAUCUUUACAGUUACCCGAACUUAAGUUAUUUACCAGAUGGGCCUAAUUCACUAAUUGUCAUGUCUAGAGGAAUCAAAAUCUUCUCACCAUUUCAAUGAACACCACUGAUCCACUGGCGACUCCAGUAGUAGGCUGUAGGGGGAUAAGCUUACCACAGCGAGAUGGGUUUCCUAUUGAACAAAAUAAAUUUUAGACGUAUUCUAUGCUGGCUAUAAUUUAAUAGCUGUAAAUAUUUAUUGGGAAGUGUUAUCCACACAGCUCUGUGAAUAACGUUGAGCGUUAUGAGCAGACCGAGAUCUGCGAAUAACGCCGAGCGUUAUUGGCAUACCAAAAUCUGCAAAUAAUGCAGAGCGUUAUUGUUAGACAGAAAUGUUCCCAUAAUUACGCACAUUUCUAGAAAUAAUUAAGAUCACAUUCCAAGCCGGGGUAGGGGUGUAGUUUUAAGUAGUGUAGGAUAGAUUGAUCGUUAAUGAGAAUGGCACAAACACAUCUCAAAACCGAAGCUACCGGUAUGCACAAGUUAAAUUUAAAAAAUUUAAUAGGCCUAACUAUAGCCUAUAUAUUGGAUAUAGGACAAUUAAUUGUGCCUACAUCUGCUCUGUUAGGGGCCAACAUAUUCGACCUAUAGAGUGUUACUAAUAGAUCCAGUCAAACCUCCUACUCCUAGACAUAGCUAAUUUUCUGGUAUUUCAUAUUAAAUGUUAUACCAGUAAUAAAAAUGGUACCGGUAUUCUUCAUGUAGACUCACUUUCACCCAUUGUAGAGAUGUCUUUAAAUGAUGUCAAAGCUUGAUAGGAUAUCGUUUAGUUUUUUUUUAAAAGCACUAUGAUAUAUCACGUAGUCCAGAAAUGUUCUGACAGAAAUAGUUGACAUGCCGUGCAACAGUGUUAUGAUGCAGAGAGGUGUCUCCAUCAGGCGGCCAUGUGAGAGACGGGGAGGGGCAUAUAGGCCCUACAUCGAUAAUAACAGAAUCUAAUCCUGUUUAAGGCUAGUAUUUUUUCCUGAUCCUUGAGGGUGUCCCUAAGUCUACCCAGCUCUGGCCUUAGCUGGGGAAAAGUAAAGCUGGCUGGUUAUUGCGCUGGCCAUACACUCACACUUGUAAACGCUGCUUCAAUUGCCCCAAGGGAACUUUACUUCCCAAAGACUCGCAAUGCAUCCUACGACCAGCAGGGUUCCAAUUAAUUUUUGUAUGCUUUUUUUGUAUUUAGACCCAUAGUUACAACAGUGGCAGUAUGGCUUUUUGUUUCAAUUAUCAACAUUUUUUUUACAAGAGCUAAAAUUGUUGAUGUCAAUGAUAUUGAUAUGUUUUAAGUACGGUACCGGUAUGUUCAUUUCAUUGUCAUCACUAAGUCUUAUUUCAACUAUUUCUGGAGCGGCAUAUUGUGUCCCUACUUAUUAUGAUACUUAUUAGAAAAUAAAAUGAAACGUGACAUAUUUUUUCAGCUAAACAUUAAUGCACAACUCUGAGAUCUAAAAUAUUUGAAUAAGUAAGUUAUUGAUAAGUAUUUGUUUAUUAGAGAAAAAACAAAUGGAUGUCAAAGUCUAUGAGUGGAACUAUACAAAGAAAAUUAAACAGUCAAAAGAGCUAAAAGUAUAUCACAAUGUACAGUUAGAACAGCUGUAUCUGACUUAAACAUGGUUUAUGCAGCUCAUCUGCAUGUCCAUGUUGUUUACAGUUUUUUGACGAAACUUGAAUGAACAUUCUAACAAAAUAGAUUGAAACUUGUAACAUAAGUAACAAAACUAUAUGAAAAUAAUAAUAAAACUAUGUGAACAGAAUAAAAAAGCCAUAUGAAGAAUAUUAUUAUAAUAUAACACUACGAAAUAACCAUUAAAUAUUUUUUUUUUAAAUUUUAUUUAUAAAAAUGAGGCUUCCCCGACGGGGAAUCGAACCUAUGUCUGCCAGGUGACGGGCAGAGAUACUGACCACUACACUACCGAGGAGAUGUUUACUUUCGAACUUUGUAUUUUAUAUUCAUAAUUUAAUUUAUCACAUUCUGCGAAUAAUGUCGAGCGUUAUCGGCAGACCGAAAUCUGUGAAUAACGGCGAGUGUUAUCCGCACAGCUCUGUGAAUAAUCACUUCGAUAUUUAUUUAUAUAGUAAAGGCCCAUACUAUAUGAUAAUUGAAAUAGCACACUUCUGCCUCUGCACAUCUAAAAUAAAUGUCUAAAUUAUUUGUUAGUAGACAUAUUAGUCUAGAAAAAACUUAAUAAUCCCAACAUUAACACUAAUAUACUUAGUAGGCCUAUUGACUGAUGAGUUUGCUAUGGCCUGAUCUAGAAAUACCAAGGCAGCCUCCAAUCUUGUUGAAAAUAGGUUCCUAUCCUUCAUUUUCGAUAUGAUGAUAAAUAGGGGUUUACCAAUAUUGGUACCAUUUUGAUUUUUUUAGUUAAGCCAGAACUGAUUAUUUAUUAGCUAUAAAGCCACAGGAUAUAUUUUUGUGAUGAAAAGAUAUAAAAUUUACAUUACUUAUUGUUUCUGAGAUUUCAACUUGAACCAAAUUUAAAGAAUUUAAUAAUUUUAACACUUACUGCACCGGGCGCAUCUUUUUUCAGUGACCUACAUUUUUCCCUGUGAACCAAGCGCGUCUUUUUCCACCAGCCGAUUUUUUUCCCUGUGGCCCACUUGCGCAUAUUUGCCACAUAGAGGGGUAUCUAAUAUAAAUACAGAAACAAGGAUUUUACCUUUCACCACAGUCACAGGCAGAAUGUUUAUUUGUUAAGGGAAUAGUUGAAUUUUAUUAGCUUUUUAAAUUAUGAAAAUCAACUAAUUACUGAGUUUUUUUGUGCGGAUCUGUAUUUUUUGUUUCCAUGGCGCUAAAUAACGAUAUUGUUGAUGACGACUUACAUCAACAUGACGAAACAUUUUGUUCUGAAACUAUUAAUGAGAAUCAUUGGGAUUAGAUGAUUCUGAUGCGGAUUAAGGGGAUGAAAUUUCUGAAGGAAGUAGCUCAAAAUUUACACCUACAUGAGCCUGUAGGUUUGACAGAUUUUAGACUUAGUGCCAACGUAGAUAUUGAUUGAGAUGAAGAUGGACUGGAGUAAAAGAGCUUGGGCACUGUGCUAGCCACACAAUGCCCAAGUGUGCCAUUGCCUAUGAAAAGUGUGAACAAAACACUUUAGUAUUUUUGAGACCCUUAUCCAUUUCCGAACUAAUAAUUCUUUACUUGUUUUUGAUUUAAAACAAAAAAGUUACAAAAUCAUUUGCAAACCUAUCAAAUUUUGGCACAUUCAAAAAUAAUGUCUGGACCACAGGGAACAAUUAGCAAAAUAAUAGCCAGUACUGAGUGUAUGCAGAGCUCAUUAACAUUGGAUUCCAAUGGGCUCUGUGGAGCACAGGUUGGGAACCACUGGUAUUUUAUGAUAUUAUUGAUAAAUAUUAUGACUCAACAGUUUGUUGCGAUUUUAGCAGAGUACCUUCAACCUUAUAACUUAUUUUAUCACUCAUCUGAGGCAGACCUCAAACAUUUUAGUACCCUUACACUCGUUACUAAUAACAGCUUCUGAAUUUACAAAUAUUUUUCUUACAGGUUAAAGCUAUAGAGAAAAGAGAUGCUGUGUUGACAUCUAAACAGCAAAUUGACCGACUAACUAGACCAGGCGCAACAUAUUUUAAUCUCAAUCCCUAUGAUGUAAGUAAUAUUGAAAAAUAUUACAUUUCUAAAAUUGUAGGCCUAUAUAUUUUGUGAUGUUAUAUCCAUGCACCGAGAAACUAAUUUGACUAAUCAACAUGUUUAUUGUUUUACAUUUCAAAGGUCCUACAAAUUGACCCUGAUACACCUUUGUCUGAUGUCAAGAAAAAGUACAGACAGGUAAAAUUAUUCAAGAAAAGUGUGUUCUAUAUGUAAUAACCCUUAAGAAUUGCAACAAUUAUUUCAAAUUCUAUAAAACAGCAUUUCGUGUAUUUAAAAAAAAAAAAAAACUCUUAUUCUGUGACAAUGCCUAAUUUAAUAGCAUCUUAGAUGCUACAGCUGUUGCAUAAUAAACAUGCAAGCAUAAAGUCCAUCAUUUAAAAUAUUUUGUAUCUGUUUAAGAUAUACUUUAUAUUAAUUUAAAAACAAACAAUUGAUUUGCAUUUCUGCUCUUAGAUGUCUAUUCUGGUCCAUCCAGAUAAAAAUCCUGAUGAUCCAGACAGAUCCCAGAAAUCUUUUGAAGGUAAAAAAAAACUUCCCAGUCAUAAUUAACUCUAAAUGAUUUAAAGCAGAGAUCCUCAGCCUUUAAUCCUUUGAGACCAUUGUGGCCAUAGAGUCUACUGCAUGAUAAGUGUCAAGUCUUGCCUCACAACACAGUAGCAUAAAAAAAUAAUGGUUCUCAUGUACACCUGAUUUUGAAAAUAUCAGUUAACAUUUGUAGUGAAAAUUGUGUUUCUAAUGAGAUGCAUCAUUAAUUAUUCUCUUGAUGUUUGCUGAAAUCAAUGAUGCUAAAAGAUAACCCCCCAAAAAAUUGAAAUAAAAAAACUUGCAGUAAUGAAGGGUGAUGGGGCUCCUUAAAGAGCACAGAAAGACAAACAAUAAAAAAUUUGUUAAAAAGCCUUAUUUAUAAAAGUACUUGUUAAAAAAAAUAAUGUUAACCAAACUAAAUGAUAAGAUCAAAACAGUUUUAGUAUGUUAUGUCCACUAAUGUUAUUAAUGUAUGGAAACGUCUAGGAUAAGUCAUUAAUGAUGAAUUCAAUCGUUUGAUAGUUCUCAAAGAGUUAGUUCACUGUGGUAAAGGUCAAGCACUAAUUUAAAUUAAAUUAAUAAUCAAUGCAUUUGAUUUAAUUGAGCAACCUUUAUUUUAUAGAUUUAUAAAUGAGAUCUACAUGUUUUGGAUGACAUAUGCAUAUAAAGUUAUAGUUAACAUAAAACUAACUAAAGUAUAAACAAAUAUACAAUUUAAAUGUCCACUCUGCUGUCAAGACAGUGGAAAAUUUAUGAGGGCCAUUUCAUGAGCCCUGUUGAUCUGGUGUUUAUGAUAUGAUAUUAUUUUCAUUUAAAAAAUUUUUUUUUUACAUUAAUUUGUAGCUGUGAAUAAGGCUUACAAGACUCUUGAAAAUGAAGAAGGAUUGAAAAGGUGUAAGGAAGUGGUAGAAGAAGCUAAGACUAGGACUGAUGAAAUGGUUUGUAUUGCUAGUAAAAUAUAUUUUGUAAACAGUCAAAAAUAAUUUAUUCAAGUUAGAGUUACAAAUGUUUUUAUUGUUUGGAUAAACAUACUGGUAUUUAACAUACUGUACAUAUAUAAAAGAUCAAAUUUUAAAAAAAACUCCAUUGAAACUACUCUUGUGAAGAAGCAAUAAUGAAACUUAAUUCUUUCUACAGCAUAAGAAGAAGAGCAUUGCACUACCAGAAUAUUUGUUUUUUAAAUUUUAAUUUGAUAUUUUUGUGUGUACCGGUAUGUCGAUUGAAUGACACCAAUGAUAUAUUAUGGUUUUAUUAUUUUAAUUAAUCAAUUUUUUAUUUUUUUCUCUUAAGAUCAAACUGAAAAAAAAGCAGCUGAAAAAAGAAGGCAAGCCACAAGAUGUUCCUGAAGAUGAUAUAGAAAAGGUACUAUAAAGAUCUUUUUUCAAAAUUAAUUCAAAAUUACAACUUUAGUGAUUUUCAAUAAACUUAACAAUCUUGACUUUAUAUCCAGCUUCAUAUGAAUAAAUUGCUAAAAGCAAACUCCGUGUUUACUAGGUAAGAUCUAUUUUAAAAUGUUAUAUUUGUGAAGAGGUCAUUUCUGAUUUGAAUAAAAAAAUUUAUUGAGUCUGCUAUUUAUAAAAAAAGCUACCUUGCUUGUAAAUUUAUUAACUCUUUGCAUACUGUGCGCCGAUUUUUCAGCUUUUAAAACUGGUGUGUUUUACUGCAUAUUUAAGUAAAAUUUAAAAUGUGUAAUUUCAGAGAAACCAGAUUAUGAGUUAUGGAAACAUUGUUAAAUACUUAUUUUAAGACAGGGAAGUUACACUACUUUGGUUUAGGAUUUAUAAAAUAUCAACAUUCACUUUUAUGCACAUUUUUAAAAAAAAUUCAUCUAAAAUAUUUAUAUUUUUGUCUAAAAAGCUGCAGAGUUAAAAUAAAAACUAAAUAAAUAAUUCAGAAAAUUGUGAAAAGAACUUCAAGCAUUAUACAUCAAUGACUUAGUAAUAUGACUGUACUAUCCCUCACACAAGUAGUGUUUAUUUUGAACAUUGUACCAGAUUUUCGUCAAUGAAAAACUUCUUAAUUCCUUGAUCUACAAGACAGUCAAUUAUUGAUUUCUAGGGUUUAAAUUCAUUCCUAAUUUUGCCUUCAAUUAGACAGAAUUUCUUUCAAAUUUUUAAAAUUGCUUGGUAUUUUUUUUGUGGACAUUUUCUUUUAGAAUCCAAUUAAGUCAAAAUUUAUUAUUGAAAGUAAAAUUUUAUCAUAAAAAUUAAAUACAUCACAAUUAAUAGAUUUAAAAAAAAGAUUUUUGUAUGUGAAUGUUUCUCCUCUACUUUUAAAAGAUAUUGUGAUUUAUAAUAGGAUACUUUUGCAUGUCUCUAAUUUCUUAAAUUAUUUAUUUUUUCAGUACAAGCAUGCAAUAUAUGUUCAGACCUGUAAGUUGUUUGCAGACCUAGAGCGCUUGCGACAAGAGCGGGAAGCUAAGGAUAUGCAUGAGAGGUUUGCGUUUGAAUACCAUUUUAUUCUAUCUUUUCCAUAUUCUGCAAAUAUCCAAAUAAGACAGUAACUGAUCACCUCAUUCACCUUUUUUAGAAUUAUUUAUUUUUAAAAUAUUGUAUAAAAAAAUAUUUUAAAUUAAAUUGACAUAAUUUUAAUACAUUUGUGUCAAGAGUUCCUAUUUCAUUAUUAUUUUCUUAGUUUGGUUGUAAACAAUUUAAUCAUUACAAUUUUCAGUUUUUAGAUUGAUUAACUUGAUAACAUCGGUGGUAAGAUAAAGUUUAUGUCUUUAAUUGUGCUAGAUGGUCAAUGAAGAGUUAAAAUAUUUUUUCCUUAAAAAAAAAAGAAAAGUUAUUUUGGCUAGAUUUUGUCAAAAUUUUCAUGUAUAUUCCUUAAAUAGAAAACGUAAAGCAGAAGAAGAGGCAGCUGAAGAAGAGAAAAAGAAAAUGGAGAAAGAAUGGCAAAAGAACUUUGAGGUAACACAUUAAAUUUGAACCUUGUUAUUGUUAGUUUGCUAAUUUUGUUUGCUAUUCCUCUAAGCUUGUGUUAGCAUACAUAGUCUUGAUUAACAUACAGAUUGCAUAGAAAUUAUUAGGCUUUGAUUUGUGCACAUUAGAAAUAGCUUUACCAGGCACAGAGUAAUGAUAAUUGAUUAAAUAUAAGAUUAAGAUACCUGGUAUAUACAGGUGAUAUUCAAUGUUAACAUUCACAGCAUGGAUAUUUCAGAUUUUUAUUUGAAUUAGUUUGCACCAUAUUGAUAUGUACCAGAUAUUAAGAUAUUAAAUCUUAUUUGAUUUAAAUCUUAAGCCUAAUGGGCUUCUUCUAAUUUCCUUUAUUUUGUGAGUGCUAUUAUGAAGAUUGCCAAAUCAAGGGAACAUGAAAUUCAUUAAUACACUUUGGUAGUUUUCUCAUCUGUUAUUGCCUUUUUGUGUGAUUGUAAUGGUACUGGUACUGUGUUUAAAAAAAUAUAAACCUGUAUUUUCAUUAUAGGAAAGUCGCACUGGUCGAGUUGACAGCUGGAGAAGUUGGAAUAAAAAAGCUAAGAAAACCUCUAAAGGUAAUCUAAAGCCACCUAAACUAAAGGCAGAGAAACGAUAGCAGAAGGAAUGACGUUUAUCUUUUAUUUUGUACAGAUUAUAAUUAUUCACAAAUAUGUCACUGUUUUGCAUGUUUAUUAUGAUUUAAAUAACAAAAAAACAAGACAAGGCGAAUCUUUAUAUCUUAUGAGAAUCAUGAGGUGGAAUGUUUCUGAGUGUGUUUAAUAUAUUUUUUGAAAAAAGUUGUAUAAGCCUUCCCCCCUACCAUGUGCGAAAGUUUAUAUUUAGAAAUAUUGAAUCUGAAUGGGACUCUAGUUAUUUGUUGUGAUGUCACUCAUAUUAUUUUGGGCUCCUAAGUAAAGCUAUUUAUGUGAGCUGAUAUAUGGUAAACAUAAACUCUUCAGUUGGGUUAAAACAUCCAAUGCCAUACAAUGAAUCUGAAAGGCACUAAUUAUAUUCCAGUGUAUUCAAAAUAUCAAUGUGUUCUAUUCUUUUUUUAAUUCCUUGGAAGACCUAGAAAGUUUAGGGUGAAUCUAUCUUUUCAGGAUCAAAUCUGAUGAAAAUAGUUAUAUCUUGAGACUGCUGAGACAUUUGUAUGACCCAGAUAAAAAAUAUUUGCCAUCUGCAAUUUUUUUUUGUGUGGAGAAAAGUAGAUUGACUCUCAUUAUAAUUUUUGCAGUUGCUUUGUAAUGUAAGAAAUAUCUUUAAAAAACAACAAAGAACAAUGAAGUUUCAGUUAUUUAACCCCAUUUCAAAUGUACUGUACUUCUGGAAUCAAACAUGAUGUGUGUUCUUCGUGCAAGUGGUGUUUGUGUCUAUAGAUUUGAAAAAAAAUUUAUGAAAUGUGAUAGAGCUCUUUGAAUUGAACCGUGUUGAAUGCUAAUUGUAAUGAAUGAAAAUUUAAAAAGAAAUGUGUAAUUAUCUUAAAGAUGGUGUCUUUAUUAAUUAUGUUUAAUUAUAAUUAUAGAAGUACUGGAAUUUAAAAUAAUAAUUAUUAUUUUCUGUUUAUUAAUAUUUAUUUAUAUUUUCCUAAUUAAAUACAUUAUUUUCUUUGAGGGUGUUGAAUUAUUUGUAUUGAAAGUAAUUUCCCAGAAAAAGAGGCCAAUGUUGAUCCGCUCAAUUUCCUGAUUCAUUGAUUUUACUUUCCUUAGUUUAAAUAACACUUUGCACCAUUGAGAUUUGUAUUUCUCCCUAUCACAAUGACCAAGUAGUAACUUUUGUUACAAUUAUUCAGAUUGAUUACAUAAGAUUAUUGUUGUAGAGUAGAGGUGCUGUCAUUUUCACUAUAAAAAAAGAAAAUAUUUUUAAUGUUCUUUGAAUGUUUAGUUUGAUACCGGUAUUGAAUCUGGAAAUUUUUUUUCAGGGGGAUGUGUUAUAUGGUUUUUGGAAUGCGCCAAGUCCUAUAAACACAUGUCUUAACACACAUUGGAUAUGGGAGUUAUUAAAACAGCAGCUUGUGUACUCUAUAGAUUUUAAAUAUGAGCACCUCAAGCAUAGACAUUGAAAAGAGCCCCAGACAGUUCAAAUUUUAUCAGUUUGAAUGUUCUACUUGGAUAUCGGAUUAUUUUACUUAACCAGAUCUUGUUAGCUACUAUUCCAGAUACUGGUGGAUGAAUAUGCAUUAGGUUAUAGAAGUACAAGUCUAUGCCAAACAAUUCAUGGAUAGCUAAGUUUUACUUAUCAGUAGCAUGUACUGGUAGUCAAUUGAGUCUUGGCAGGCAACAGACAAUUAAUGACAAUCAUAAUCACAACCUGAAUGCCUAAAUUAUUUUGAUGAAAUCUUUUUAAGGAGUUUCUGAUGGAAAUAAGAGCUGUUGGAAUUUAUGAGUUGUUUCUGAGGCGUUAAACUAUUAAUUUAUUAAUUUUUUUGCUCCACAACUCAUUGUUUUAGUGAUAAAAAAUUUAGAACAUUCAGCAUGUUUUAUGGAAAGUCAUCAAAUCCUUUUUUCAAUUUUUUAUUAAUUCAAUAUUUGAUUGCACUAAAAAUAUGAUUCCUUUAGAAAUUACAAAAAUAAUUAAUUAUGGUUUACGUAUAUGCCAACAUGGACAUAACUGCCAUGUGGAUAUGGUCUACCAAAGUUUUGGUGAUGGUGUUCGACUACAUUAGUGAAUACAUUAUUUUCCAAUUCUUACAAAUUUAUAUGUCUGACUUUUUUCCCUGCUCAUUUUUCAGAACUUUUCUCCUGACAUUAUUAUAACCAAUGUUUUUUUUUUGUUAUUUCAUAAUUAAAUUAAUUUAAUUAACAGAUUUUUAGAAAGUUUUCUUAAACUAAAUUUUUUUGAAAAAUUAAUUUUAAAUCAAUGAAUGAGGUCUUUUCCUUUUAUUUUAAUUACCGGUAAGAAACUAAUGAAUCCUUUAUAUGCAGUUUUUGUUCAUUUUCUUGAAAGAAUGUGUCGUGAUACAUGUUUACAAUUUUAACUGGUGAUGAUAACUGAUCCUGUAUCUUGAAAUUGAGUUAUUUUUGAUUUACUAACAAACAAGCAUUUGGCUUAACACUAGAUAAAUAAUUAUACCAUGAACCUUCACAAUAUUAGGUGUGAUUGAUGUUGUAAUUCAUUUAUUUAAUCCUCGUGCACCAAAUGCUGCUCGAUGCAACGGCUGAUGAAACACAUCUGUCAAUCAGAUGGAUGCCUUAGUCUUUAGUGAUUGCUGUCUGCAGGGUCAGGAUUUUUUUUUGUUGCAAUUCCUUCUUUAAUGUUUUGCCACAGGUCUUUUUGGGUCUUCCAAAUAUGGGAAACACAGCAGAAUAUACUUUAGUGUGGGGAAAUAUGAACAUUUAUUAUUUUUCCUUAAGGUUUUACAAUGUUUGUGUAAUACAUUUUAAGGUCACAUUUGAAUGGAGAAAAUAUAUUAAUUAGAUGUCGUAUUGAUGAAUGGUCUGUGAGAACUGCUAGGUAAGAAAGUGCAUUAAGUGACGAAUGGGUUUGAUAUUUAAGUUUAAGGCAUUUGUAAAUUCCAUUACUUGCUACAUUUGCGACAUUGGUAAUGUUACUAAUGUGGAAUUGAUGUGUUUCUAAACAUGUAAAAUUUAUGACUUGGUGACAUGUUUCAUGAUUUUUCUCCAAUGUUUGUUAUUGAUUGUAUUUCCUCAUUUAAAAUCCUUGUUUUAGUAAAAUGGUUGAACAUUUUAAAAGGUUAGAGAAAUGGCCAAUCCAAGAAUAAGAGCAACAAAACCACCGAUGCAUCACAUGCCCACUGCAGGAAUAACAUCAUUAAAGUUGAAAUAUCAAUUGAACUUUGAAAUUUGAUUUUAUUUUUUUUUUAAAGAGAAUGAAGAUAAAUGGUCAUGUUAAACCUAUUUAUUUUCUCUUUGAGUGCGGCAUAGUCACAGAUUAUUAAUUUAUAUGGCUAUUUACAGAAUGCUUAUUUGCUUCAUUAUUUUGUUUUUAAGGUUUUGUUUGUCACAUUUAAUCAAAACAUUUAAAAACAAUUUAGAAUGAUUUUCUUUUGCAAAGUCAAUUUCAUCAAGAGGUGCGCAUUUAAUGUUCCUUUAAGAUGUUUCAUGGAUUGUGUUUUUCUAUCUGUCCUGUUUGUUAUUGUACAACCCUUCAAAACAUUGCCAUGUCCUCAUUGUAAAAACAUUGCCUGCCAUGUUCUCAUUGUAAACUGACAUCAAACCUGUAAAUAAAAUGGAAUAGAA